AUGCUGCCGACCGUCACCCCUUUACCCCCUGUCCAACCGCACCAUCACCUCCAUCACGAUGCCCCCUACGACCACUGGCACCGACGCUCGCGCUUGCAGUGGCCACAUCCGGUCCAGCGCUUCGAGCGGCUCUCGCUGGUCGCAGAGGGGGGUCGCUCUCGCUCGCAGAGCUCUGGGGAACAUGCCCUGCGACGCAAGACCCCGAAUGGCACCCUCGCCGCGGGUUACGAUGGGACGCCUGGUGAGACCGCCGUCCAGCCCCCGGCCACCAAGCAUAUCCUUGUCUCCUCCCUCGACUACACGCAGCAGCAGCAGCCGCCGCUGGCCGACCAGCUGCUCCCUCGAAACUUUCCCCCGCUCUUUAAUCCAGACCCCGCCAGUGUCCAUGCCAACAGUCCCAGUUGGGUCCGAUCCCUGAACUCCCAGCAACAACACCCGACCGGCAUCGAUUCCAUGCUCUACCAGACUCUCCCUAUCCAGCAGCAACAACAACAGCAGCAGCAGCACCAUCAUCAUCAACAACAACAACAACAACGAUAUAUCUUCCCACACGGCGCUGCCUACAUCCCGACCGUACUACCGGCUACACUACAACCCUGUGGAGGACCAACUGCCCCUGCAGGGAGUACGCCGUACGGUCCAUACUGGCCAGAUGGUGCCUUUAUUCCCUAUCGACCGGCGGCGUUGCGUGACGCCUUUGCCUACGGCCAACAGCAACAGCAGCAGCAGCAUGAACAGGCAUUUGGCCCCCAGCCACUCAUGCCAAUAGACGUCAAUAAGACCAAUUUCCCUCCUCGACAUGCCGCUCACAAGUCCCUUGAUCUCUCGCACCAUCCUCACAUCUUACCAGGCCACCACGCUUAUACUUCUUCCUCUGGUGCUGGUGCUGGUGCUGCUGCGACCACCACAGCCGCUCUCCCCACGACUACUGGAUAUCACUUUCCCGGUACCCGCCAGGUCGAGUUCAAGGAGAAAAUCCUGUCCUGGGCCCACGGCGUUUACGUCGAUCUGCUUGCUUCCAUCCACCAGGCGAGACGUCACAGCGCGGCUAGUGCCAUUGAUGGGCAGUCCUCACUGCCCCGGUUCCUGAAACCCAGCAUCUUCCCGAAACCUCCCCGGCAGCCUGGGCUAGACUUUGCGACGGCCGUCGCCCAUCCGACUCCCCCGAUCGACAUCCCUCGCCAUAACAGCUAUCCUUCUAGCCAGUACGACCUUCGCUCCCUAGGUGGCGCACUGCCUAGCAGCGGGAGGCAACACACCCCGUUGGUGAAUAGCAAUAAUAUUAAUAGCCCUAAGAAUAAUAAUACCAGCCAUCACCACCACAACCACCACCGCCAUACCAACUAUCUUCAUCACCAUCACCAUUCGCAACAGCUUCCCCGUGCGUCGGUGGGUCGACAUGGCCUGCCGGCUCGGAUAGGCGGGACCUCCAUCUCAACCACGGCAAAUGCUAUCUCCGCGUUGGAGAUGUUAUCUCAUCUAUGUAGUGAGAGUGGUUGGGAGUGGAUCGACGGAAUGUUGUUGGGCGGCUGUCUUGCCUACGGUUUAGGGGAUUAUCCUAAAGCCAUGCGGUGGUAUUCACGAAUCAUCGCGAGAGAUGCAACACAUGUCGAGGCGAUUUCAAACCUCGCAGCCACACUGUUAGCGUUAGAUCGUCGCGAGGAAGCGAUGCAGCACUGGUUUCGGGCCGUGAAGCUGCGACCAAGUUUCUUCGAAGCGGUAGAACAUCUGAUAGGUUUGCUGUGUAGCAGCCAGCGCGGCAAGGAGGCUGUCCAGCUCAUUCACCACGUGCAGUCCUCAUUACGCCUGAGCCACAACGGUGACUGCUUCACGACCGACGAGCACGCCAGCGAGACUGAAAGCGACGUCGAGAGCCGCGUCUCCAGCACAUCUGACUUGGACUCUUACGACAAAGCCGCCUUUGAUUAUGAUGAUGGCUGGGCCGUCCCCUACGACGCCACCGAGCAACCCCCCGUCGGAUUCGGCUCGAGCGGUUAUGCAGUGCCCGGUGCUGAUAACGGCCGCAUGCUAGCCCUCAUUCAUGCCAAGGGCAACAUGCUCUACGCCCUCGGCGACCACGUGGGGGCCGCUGCCGCCUUUGAGGACGCUAUUCUCAUUGCUGCCGGCCGUCGACGGCACGGUAUCCGGAGCCUGAUCCAUCAGAUCUUUAUCGCUGUCGCCCAGGGCACGGCCCUCCGUCGUCCCGAUGAUACCGCAGCCGCUGCCACCGCUCCACUGGAUCAGCGCUCCACCAUCCUGCUGUAUCCUGACAAGGCCUUGCAGACCGCCAAACUGGUCUUCUCCGCUAGCGGUGGCACCCCGCUCGGCCUGCAAUAUGUCGCCGAAGGUCUCGCCCGCAAGGCCGCCGUGUCCACGACGAGUAACUCGCUACUGUCUCUGGCGAAGAUCUACCAGGAUGGCAUGUCCACCAUGGCGACCGCCGCGGCCGCCGGCGCUGCCACCCCUAAUUCUUCCUGCUCGCCGCGAGCUGCUGCCGCCGCCCCCACCGUGCGCGAGAUCCUCGCGCUCUAUUACCUUUCUCUUUCCCUCCAACCUAGCCCCUCCACCGCCAACAAUGUCGGCAUCCUACUCGCCAGUAUUCAGCACAACGCCGCCGUCAAGGGCCCCGGGUCCCGACCGCCGGGCAGCGGUCUGGCGGCCGGCGGGAAUGGUAACAAACCGCACCCUGACAUUCCCGGCGUGGUCCCCGGCAGCGGUGUCUCCCUCGCCCUGGCGUACUACAACUACGGCCUGCAUCUGGACGCGCGGCAUGCUCACCUCUACACCAACCUGGGCAGCUUGCUCAAGGAUAUCGGCCAACUGCAGGCCGCCAUCAAGAUGUACGAACAAGCCGUCCACUGCGACGGCCAGUUCGAUAUCGCCCUCGCCAAUCUUGCGAACGCGGUCAAGGAUGCCGGACGCAUCAAUGAUGCCAUUACCUAUUACCAGCGUGCUGUGAAGGUCAAUCCGGAGUUUGCCGAAGCCGUCUGUGGUCUGGCCAACGCCCUCAACUCCGUCUGUAAAUGGGUGGGCCGCGGCGGGGUCGCCCGUGGUCAAGGGUUCUGUGACCGAUGGCACGUCGAUGAGCAAGGGAUGCUGCAUGACGCCUCUAGCUCCGAGUCGAGUAACGGCUGGAUCCAACGGGUCGUCGAUAUCGUCAACCGGCAGCUGCGGGAAGGCGAGUCCUGGGGUCGCGGCAUCCUGACCCCGGCUCUGAUCGAGUCGCUGGGCGCGCAGAUCGCCCCGGCACUGGACCGCAGCCGGCUGCCUGCCCGCCAACGCGGCACGCUGGUCAAUCUCCUUCAGUCGUGGGCUGGCCAACGCUGGGAGGGUGCACGCAUUGUCCGUCUGGUGGAGCGGGCGACCCGUGCGCUUACCUGGCAGUGGUAUCAGGACCGGUACGUCUACGGCCACGAGUACGCGGCGGCCACCUAUCCGCGGCCACAGCUGCCUGCGGGUCUGACGCCACCCAACGCGCCGACGGUGCUGCCCUUUCAUACGUUCACCUGCCCGCUGUCGGCGAAGCAGAUCCGGCAGAUCUCUCAACGCAACGGCCUGCGGAUCUCGUGCGCCACGCUGCGGGCUCCCUGGCUGCCCAGUACGGUGUACCGGCCCCCUCCGCCCCCGAACCCGUACCUGCGGGUCGGCUACGUCUCGUCGGACUUCAACAACCACCCGCUGGCGCACCUGAUGCAGUCCGUCUUUGGCCUGCACGACCCGGGGCGAGUCAAGGCGUACUGCUACGCGACGACUGCGAGCGACAAGUCGGUACACCGGAACCAGAUCGAAACCGAGGCCCCCGUGUUCCACGACGCCAGCAGCUGGCCGGUGGACCGUCUCGUCGAGCAGAUCGUCGACGACGGCAUCCACAUCCUCGUCAACCUCAACGGGUAUACGCGUGGCGCGCGCAACGAGGUCUUUGCUGCGCGCCCGGCCCCGAUCCACAUGUCGUUUAUGGGCUUUGCCGGCACGCUGGGCGCCGAAUGGUGUGACUACAUCCUUGCCGAUGAACUGUCCAUCCCGCGCACGACGUUGGGGCCGGCGACUAGCUCUGGCAGUAAGGUCGAUCGCAGCGCGCUCCUUGAGGACCGAAUCCUGGAAGCCGACCACGGCGAGGACCAGGAGGACUGGGUGUACGGGGAGAAGAUCGUGUUCACCCGCGACACGUUCUUUUGCUGCGACCACCGACAGAGCGCGCCGGACGCUCAAGAUCUGCGUCUGGGGUGGGAGCAAGAACAGCAAAGACGAUGGCGGAUGCGCAAGGAGCUGUUUCCGAACCUCAGCGACGACACGAUCAUCCUGGGGAAUUUCAACCAACUUUACAAGAUCGAACCGACGACAUUCCGGACGUGGCUACGGAUCCUGGCGCGGAUCCCGAACGCGGUGCUGUGGCUGCUGCGGUUCCCCGAGGUCGGGGAGCAGAACCUGCGGGAGACGGCGAUAGCGUGGGCCGGGGAGGAGACGGCGGCGCGGGUGAUCUUCACGGACGUGGCCCCAAAGAACGCGCACAUUGCGCGGGCCAAGGUGCUGGACCUGUUUCUAGACACGCCCGAGUGCAACGCGCACACGACGGCGACGGACGUGCUGUGGAGCGGGACUCCGUUACUGACGUACCCGCGAUACGAGUACAAGAUGUGCUCGCGGAUGGCGAGCAGCAUUCUCAGCAGCGCGCUGCCACGCGGCGAGGCCGGGCGACGGGCGGCGCAGGAGCUCAUCGCGUGCUCGGACGAGGACUACGAGGCCAAGGCGAUCCAGCUGUGCACGAGUCCCGCGCGGCUGGGCGAGCUGCGGCGGCUGCUCUUCCUCGAGCGGCGGGGCAGCCGGCUGUUUGACACGCGGCGGUGGGUGGGCGAUCUCGAGGAGGCGUAUGAGAGGGUGUGGAAGCGGUGGGUGAAGGGCGAAGAAGGCGAUAUAUGGUUAUAA